AGGAACUGGGAGUGAAGGACAUGGAAGGGAAAUGCUCAAAGCAAAGGUUGGUACGAGAUUCAGAUUCUCACUCUUUAGCACUUGGAUUUCGACUUCCGAGCACAGAUCGGAGAUAACAUUAUCUAGUCACCAUUGCCAGCUUAACAAAACGUCAUAUUGUUUCUUAUUCCGGGGCACUGCUAUAUUAUUGUUUGAUUUAACCCCAAACGACACAUAUUUUCCUUCAAAAAUUGUCUGCCAUCAACCUUGAUUUCCUAUAUGAGCCAGAAAAAUGCCAAGUUAGAAUCUGAUGGCUUAGACGCAUUGAUAGUGGAGACUUCUCCCAUGCAUGAACACCACAAACAAUCUGUGGUUCAGAUUUUAAAGGUGCAGGCAAAAUCAUGAUCUUAUCUUAUAUCUCAUUUAUCAUUCUCACCACACGUUCCUUUACCCAAUUCCAACCAUAACCUUAUUUAUAAUUUUGUCCUGUAGACAUAUAAGUAAUAUCAACUGAAAUAAAAAAAAAAAAAGAACUUGGCUGUAUAUUUAGCGAGGAAGCUUUUCUCAUAGUUUUGGUUGUAGGCUUGUAGCCAUGGCCUCCCAUGCAGCUCUGGCUUCUUCAAGAAUUCCGUCUACCACAAGGCUUCCCUCCAAGACCUCCCACUCUUUCCCCACUCACUGCUCCUCUAAGAGAUUGGAAGUAGCUGAGUUCUCUGGGCUUAGAUCCAGUUCAUGUGUGACUUCCGCCAAGAAUGUUAGGGAGGCAUCUUUCUUUGAUGUAGUAGCUGCCCAACUAACCACCAAGACUGCGGGAUCAACUCCUAUUAAGGGAGAAGCAGUGGCAAAGUUGAAGGUAGCAAUCAAUGGUUUUGGACGCAUUGGCAGAAACUUUCUCCGAUGCUGGCAUGGCCGCAAGGACUCACCACUGGAUGUUGUCGUUGUCAAUGACAGUGGAGGCGUAAAGAAUGCUUCUCACUUGUUGAAGUAUGAUUCAAUGCUGGGUAUUUUCAAGGCAGAAGUGAAAGUAGUUGACAAUGAGACCAUCAGUGUUGAUGGUAAGCCCAUCAAGGUUGUCUCUAACAGGGACCCUCUCAAGCUUCCUUGGGCUGAACUCGGCAUCGACAUUGUUAUUGAGGGAACAGGUGUGUUUGUGGAUGGGCCAGGUGCUGGGAAGCACAUCCAGGCUGGUGCCAAGAAAGUUAUUAUCACUGCUCCAGCAAAAGGUGCGGAUAUUCCAACCUAUGUUGUUGGCGUAAACGCACAGGAUUACUCCCAUGAUGUUUCUAACAUUGUAAGCAAUGCUUCUUGCACAACAAAUUGUUUGGCUCCUUUUGUGAAGGUCAUGGAUGAGGAAUUGGGUAUUGUCAAGGGAACAAUGACGACUACUCAUUCAUACACGGGUGACCAGAGGCUUUUAGAUGCUUCACACCGGGACUUGAGGAGAGCAAGAGCUGCAGCAUUGAACAUAGUCCCAACAAGUACUGGUGCAGCCAAGGCGGUGUCUCUGGUGCUGCCCCAACUCAAGGGCAAACUCAAUGGCAUUGCCCUCCGUGUGCCCACACCUAAUGUCUCUGUCGUUGAUCUCGUGGUGAAUGUUGAGAAGAAAGGAAUUUCAGCUGAAGAUGUGAAUGCAGCCUUUAGAAAGGCAGCUGAAGGACCUUUGAAAGGUAUAUUGGAUGUAUGCGACAUCCCUCUCGUGUCAGUAGACUUCCGGUGCUCUGAUGUCUCUUCCACCAUUGACUCCUCUUUGACAAUGGUCAUGGGAGAUGACAUGGUCAAGGUGGUGGCCUGGUACGACAAUGAAUGGGGAUACAGCCAACGGGUGGUUGAUUUGGCACAUCUGGUGGCAAACAAGUGGCCAGACACGGCUGUGAAAGAUAGCGAAGACCCAUUGGAGGAGUUCUGCGAGACAAACCCUGCUGAUGAGGAGUGCAAAGUCUUCGAAUCUUAGUAGUUCAUAUAUUAUUUUUCUCUUGGCUAUUUGAAAAUAAUUUGUUCAAUAGGCCAUGGAAUUUCAUUGUCCAUUAUCGUUGAAUUCUUGCUUUGUAAUGACAAUUGAAGAAGGGAAUAGAAUUACGAACACACUAUUAAGAUAACGUAAUACUUUAUUUUGCAAGGCUUUUUAUAGUCGUUUUGUGAAUAUAGAGUUGCAUGUGACUUGGCAUCGAUUACACUUCUGAC